UAAAUCAUUUCUAUUUGAAAUUUCUUGUGCGUAUGUUGUACAGUUUCCAGAAGCUUUAAAAACAACUAUGUUCAAGGCGAUAAAGAAGCUCUUCGGACGCGGAGGAAAGAAAGGGAAGAAGGAAGAGAGACAGGUGCUGAUUUUGAAUGAAGAAGUGAAAGAUGCUGAUGUUUGGAGUGUUGAUGAAGAAGAGAUGGAACAGCGGCCUGACUGUAAGGAAGAUCGCGUGCAGGCCCGAUUCAGCGAAGAAUACGAUGGAGUGGGCAAUGUCUAUCUCGUAGUCAAGCCUCCGGAAGUUUGGUAUCCAGGCCAUCAUACCGAUGACUAUGGAUGGUGUGAAGAAUCUGGUUACAACACCAAGAAGUUCCAGCUCAUAUGGGAGUGGAUCCAGACCAAAGACGACGGAUGGUAUCCUUACGAAGAAGAUGAAGAAUUCGAUUUUUUCAAUGAAGAUCAGAAAAAAAAGGACCCAAAGCCACGUUUGUCAUGUGGUGAAAAUAGAGGUGUGCAAAUCAAGGAAAGAACUGGGCAGUGGUUGGAGAAAGCAUCAAAAGAGAAAUUUCCCGAAAUCCACUAUGACAUGAUUGGUUUUGAGAGGAACUGGAAAGAUUUUGAUGACUACGAGUGGACAGUGCCAGACGAUGAAGUCAGGAUUGGCUUAAGAUUAACGAAGGAGGAGGAAAACGAAGAAGAUUUUUGCGAAUGGAACUCCGCAAACUACUAAAAAUGGAGAUGGAAUGGUGGAAGCAAAUUAUCUCGAAAAUUAAUCCAACGCAGCUAAUUUUAGAAAGUUAAUUUUAGAGUUAAAAAAUUUAAAUAAUUUAAUAUUUUAU